UGGCAGUUAUGUUGUGGUUUGCACUCGGUGGAUUUUGGGAUAUGUUUUGGUUUGUUUCUUUCAGCAGGUCCGCUAACCCCAGCACUUGUUUAUUUCGUGUAUUUAUGUUACAGGUUUCACUCAUCGUUCACGGAGUUUUAAUAAAAUGGUUUUAUUUUACCUUUAUCAUCUGUCCCUGGCGUCAUCUUUUGUUAGGCCCAAUCAUGCCCCUGAAUCGGGUCGUAACAAACCUGAAUGAGUAAUAUUAGUUAUCAUGACACAGUUUCUUGCUGCUUUCCUGACUCAUGUCACUGUGUGCCAAAAGUUGCCAAUUAAAAUAAUAUGAAAAGGAAGUAUUUUUCCAUACAAAGGCAGGUAGAUAGCCUUAAAGCUAAAGCAAGAUACUUUCUGGAGGUUCUAGUUAACCUUUAGUUAAGUUAAGCAGUGGUAAAGCUGAGGGGUUUGGGCUAGACUGACACUGUUCACAAUGAACAGACAUCAAUGCAACGCCCACAUAAGGACAGCAGUACAAGCUUGUGCGAACGUUGCUAUUUUCAUGAUAUGAGGCUUAGCAACAGUAGCGUCUCUCUGCUCUGCUGUGCUCAGCGGGUGAACAGCAGAUAUAAAACCCUCAGGAGGACCUCAAAAGUUAAGCAAGACUGAUUCUCACUUUACUUCAGCAGUAACUGAGGCACAUACAAGGUAAAGCAAAUGGAUGCAUCCCUGCUUCUCUUCUUCAUUGCUGGAGUGAUAUCCAUAUCUGAAAUCAGACCAGAGGCAAUGAAGUCUGAAUGCUUUAAAACAAAAUUGGAAAUUUUUAAGCUUAUUGAAGGUGAAGCUUUUUACUUUGAGCCUUUCACUCUGGAUGACCCUAAACUACCUGAUGCAGAGUUUAUGUGGUACAAAAAUGGCUCACAGAUUGAGGAAAUAACCACAGAUGAGAAUAACGAAAUACAUUACCAUGGAGGAGGACUCUUUUUCUUAAAUGUGAAGGUUGCUGAUUCUGGCAAUUACACCGCCAAACACACACAGCCUUCAGGGAAAUGUACCAUCUACAAUGCAAAAGUUGAAGUCUACAGUGCAAGCUAUCAAGGGAAACUAAACUAUCUAGCCAUUAAAAACUCAGACCAAAAUAAAAAGAUUCCAUGUCCACAACGUAUAAAGACAACAUGUGAAAACUUCGUGGGAAACUUCACCUGGUACAAGGACAGCAAUCUUCUUCCGGGAGAACAUUCCAGUAACGUGUGGGUAACAAAUGCUACCAAGGACGAUGAAGGCAUCUACACCUGUGUUUGCACCUGGACACACCAUCACAGGAUGUACAACUCAUCAGCUACUAGAGAGCUAAUUCUUCUAGAGCAAGUUUCCCAUCGUGACGUAGAAAUCCUCUCUCCAACUGAAAAGGAGCAGUUUGCUGAUAAAGGCUUCAGCAUUAAGUUAAAUUGCUCAAUUUUCUGUGGGAAACAUACAACAAAACACUGUGAUGCAAGCUGGCGUGUUAAUGGGAAGGAAAUCAGUCAAAUGGAUGGUUACAAUCAAACCUCCACAACAGUAAUUCAGGAACCUUCAAUGAAUACUAUCAGCACCGCCACACUGACAAUUGAAAAAGUAUCAGCUGAAGAUUUCCAACGCGAGUUUAAGUGCAUUGGCAAGGGCUUGUACAAAGGAAAUGAUACUAUCUUAACGCUCAAGCAAAGAGAGUCAGCCUUUCCUCUGGUCAUUGGAACAGUGUGUGUGUUGUUAAUCUGUGUGUUUGCCGUUGUCCUGGUCAAAUACUUUGCGAUUGACCUCGCUCUGCUCCUCAGACCCUACUUCAUGCGGGGUUGCCAUGACAAAGGUAAAGAGUAAAUGAUUAUUCCUUUAAACAAAUAAAAAAUAUAUAUAAUCCACAUAAAACAAUGAAGGAAAAAGUCCUCACAUCUUGCUGGUUGGGGGCUCUAUAGUUAAACAUUCAUACAUUGUGAUAUACCAAAGAGAUGAGUUGCUAGUGGAAGCUGUAAGAAGUUUUCAGCUGCUACAGCAGGAACAUACUAAACAGAUGUAAUGUGGUAAUAUGUUCAGUUUCUGUUACUGUAUUAGAAAUGCACUGGUAGGUUUUGUAUGCAUGCAGCUGUUAGCUGCCACAGGUUUGGGCCUGCCCUGAUGCUGUGGUUGGAAGUUGCAGCUGUUAGACAGAUGCUAGCAUUUAUGCAUGUCUUAUAUUGUUGAGAGCAUUACAGAGAUACUUGCAUGUGACUUUUUAAAAUCUAGCUUCCUCUUCUUGAGAGUUUUGUGUUUAAAAGUACUGGUCAAAGGAGAUAUGAGCAAAACAAGUUAUCUUAUUCAUGGUUUUACACCCCACUAGAGGUCCAGAGUCAUUUUAGCCCAUUUUUUAAUUUUUUUAUUUUUAUUUUAUUUUAACAGCCCUUGGGAUGUAUCACUACAAAUUUAAAUAGAUCUAUCUCACUUGUUGGCUACUUACUAAAGCCCCAAUGAGUUAAUUUACUUCCGUUAGUUAAAGAAUAAAUGCAAGUCAGUUUGUUUCAGUGUGCAUUAACUUCUGCUUGAGCAUUUUGCUCAUUUUACAUUUUUUUGUGGUUGUUUUGUGGUCCAGUUUUCAUUGUUUUGCUUAAUUUCGUCUCUGUUAUGUUUCUCUUAUGGGCAAAUUUCUUUCUCUUUUGAGUUGCUUUAAUCCUCCUUUUAGAUCAUAUUGUUUUGCAUAAUUGUUCUGUGAAGCUUUGUGGGCAGUUUGGUUCCUCGUAAACUUCCUGAUCACAGUAGACUCCUUGAAUGGUUGAAAGUGGUUGUGUAAAAAGGAUUAUUAAGGCUGUAAAAUCACUGCAUUAAUUCAGUCCAUUUAUCACAGAUAUGUCACACAAGUGUAUUAAAACGUUUUUAUAUAAAACCAGCUGCUCUAAAUAAAUUAAUCUACCAUCAGAAAUUAAUCUUUCUUUUCUUAUCUGAUCAGAAAAAACACCACAGGUCUAACCAAUGAGCUGAAAAAUACCUCCUCAAUAGGAUACACAUUUCCAUCAUUGCUGAAUCACUGUUUACUUCACUGACGCCACCAUGUGGCUCCAAAAAGUAGCCACAUGGUGAUGCCCAAGUCUAAAUGAUUAACUAAUGAUAUAUGCAGUGGUGGUAAAUCCCUUCUCAUUAAAAUUUUAUCAUUACUUAUUGAUGACUUCAAGAUAAAUGUGGCAUAUAACAUGUUUUAUUAGUUGUGGUUCUAUUUUCUGCCAAGCAGUGCCAUCUCUUAACAUCUUAUUAUGUUGAGGGAUGGGGUGGGGAGUGUUUGUGUGUGUGUGUGUGAGUGAGAGUAGGUGUGUAUUUUUAAUUGCAAACAUUGUUUUUUGUAUAAAGCAUUUUGUACUACUUAUGUAUGUAAAAGGUCUUUAUAAAUCAAAUUUGAUUGGAUUUGAUAUUUUCUAGUAUUUUGAGUAAAAAAUAACGUCGUUACUUAAUAAAUAGUGUAUUAAUUUAAACUAGACUUUUGGUCACUCAUUAAACAAAAAUUUUAAAAAGUCAAACCUUUUAAAUUUAGAUUAUCCACAACAGAAAUAUAAAUUGUGUGUGUGUCUGUAUAGAAACAGGAAUGAUGGCUCUUAACUUACCGUUAAUUGACAGCCAACCAGUCUAGACUUAGUUAUCCAUCCCAUAUAAAAGGGGAAACACUGACCUGCUUGUAUCAGCUGCUGUUCAAAACAAAAAAGAAAUCU